AUAUAUUUCAUCAAAUAAUAAAAUAAUGAUAUCGUUAGAUAUUGCAGUUAUAGGAGGAGGUGUAGUUGGUGGAAUGUUAACAAGAACAUUAUCAACAAGAUUUCCUAAUCAUAAAAUUGGACUAUUUGAAAAAGAAUCAGGUUUAGGAUUACAUACAUCAACUAGAAAUAGUGCUGUGUUACAUGCAGGAUUUUAUUAUGCUUCUAAUACUGUUAAGGCAUCCCUUUGUAAAGAUGGAAAUAAAACCUUAACUUAAUAUUGUUUAGAUCAUAAAGUUAAUAUUAGAAAAACAGGCAAAUUCUUAGUAGCAAGAAAUGCUGCUGAAAAUGAGAGAUUAUCCUAAAUAAAAAAGUAAGGUGAUAUUAAUGGAGUAGAAUUAGAACUUAUGGAAGUUGAUAAAGCUUUAAAAAUAGAAAAAUAUCUCAAAGUUCAUGAUAAAAAUUUUCAAUUUCUAUACUCACCAACUACAAGUGUUGCUGAUAAUAAAGGAUUAAUGAAAAGUAUUCAUGAAGAUCUUAAAUAAUGUUAAAAUGUUUAAGUAUUUACAAAUCAUAAAUAUACUGAAUUAAUACAAAAUAAAGAUUAAUCAACAUAAUUUAAUGUUUUAAAAAUGCCAAAUCAAAAAUAAAUGGUUUCAUGUAAAUAUUUUAUCAAUGCUGGAGGAUUAUAUGCAGAUGUUAUAGCAAAAUAAUUUAAUUAUUGUAAAAAUUAUGUUAUUUGGCCAUUCAAAGGAAGUUAUCUUAUAAAUAAUAGAUAAAUUCCUGAAGCAAAUGCUAUCAUUUAUCCAGUUCCACCUUUAGCUGGAAACUAUUUUUUAGGAAUUCAUACUACUUUAACAACAGAUGGACAUUUAAAAAUUGGACCUUCAAUCUUUCCUGCAUUAUGGAGAGAAUAAUACAAUUGGAAAGAUAAUUUUGUUUUUCCAGAAUUUUCUUAAAUUUUAAGUUUAAACGUAAAAAAUGUAAUUUCAAAAGAUAUGAAAUUCUAUGCUUAGAGUCUUAUUAAUGAAUUAAAAAAGAUUAAUAAAAGUAUCAAAUAAUAUUUUUAUAAUUUUAGCUUAUAUGAUUAAAGAAGCUAAAAAAUUAACAACUUAACUUGAUUAAAUUCCAGAGAAUAAAUUACAUGAAUAUUUUGAUCGAGGAAAACCAGGAAUCAGAUCUCAAUUAUUUGAUAUUGAAAAAAGAAAAAUGGAAUAAGAUUUUAUUUUUGAACAUGAUAAAAAUUCUUUUCAUUUAUUAAAUGUAGCCUCACCUGGAUGGACAUGUUCAAUCCCAAUGUCAGAAUAUAUAUGUGAUAUUAUAUAAAAAAAUAAUUAUAUUUGA